UCCUUUUUCGGUUUCCUGACGCCAUACUCUUUCUGCAUUUCAUCCACUGUUCACUUUCUCUCUCUACAACUGUUCCUCUUUCUCUCUCUAUAACAUCCGGAAAACCGCUCUGUUUUCGCCGGUAAACCGCUCGUUUUCCGGCAAUCCUCUCCGGCGAUUAAGUUCUGACGUCAGCGAUCACACACUGACCAGAGCUACGGUGAUAUCAAUUAUCACCGUCUUGCUGACGUCACAGAGUUUUCACCGGUGAAAAUUCUCCGAUCUCUGUGUUUGAGGCGGUUUCGAGGUAAUGUGGCGGAGAUACACGACGGAGAUCGUGAUUUCCGGUUGAAUUUUGUCGUUGUGUAACCGUUUUUGUUCGUUCAUUUCGUUUUCGUGUGGUUUUGGUGAAGUGAGAGAAGACGGAGGCUUCCGGCGAGAAAGUUCGGAAUGAUAUGGUGGAAGGAAGGGUUUGUUCUUCCCGAGAGGAUACACUAAACUAUCUGAAGCACAAGAGGCUUCAGCGGAUGGGAUCUGGCACUGUGAAUGAUGCUACAUUUGCGUCUAACCUAAUGACUCGAAGCAGAGGAGAUGCUUUAAGAGGUUCUGCAUCUUCUGGUGAUAGAUUAUCCAGCACUCUGGAUUUAUGUGGUAGAGAUAAUAUGUCAAACCAAAAGUUUGACUUGAAUGAUCUUGACUGGACGGAUAAAGUUCCAGAGUGCCCUGUAUACUUUCCAAGUAAAGAAGAGUUUGAGGAUCCUUUGAUUUAUCUGCAAAAGAUCGCUCCAGAAGCUUCACGAUUUGGUAUAUGCAAGAUUGUUUCUCCUUUAAGUGCCUCAGUUCCUGCUGGAAUAGUUUUGACGAGAGAGAAAGUUGGUUUUAAGUUUACUACAAGAGUGCAACCUCUUCGUCUCGCUGAGUGGAAUACCGAUGAUAAGGUCACCUUCUUCAUGAGUGGAAGAAAUUACACGUUCCGUGAGUAUGAGAAAAUGGCGAACAAGGUUUUUGCUCGUAGAUAUCAUAGUUCUGGAUGUCUUCCUGCUACAUAUGUAGAAAAAGAAUUUUGGCAGGAAAUAGCUUGUGGAAAGACGGAAAGCGUUGAAUAUGCAUGUGAUGUUGAUGGCAGUGCUUUUUCAUCUUCUCCAACUGAUCAACUUGCAAGUAGCAAAUGGAAUCUAAAGAAAGUUUCAAGACUGUCCCGUUCUAUUCUACGUCUGCUUGAAACAACUAUUCCGGGAGUUACUGAGCCUAUGCUUUACAUUGGGAUGCUAUUUAGCAUGUUUGCUUGGCAUGUAGAAGACCAUUACUUGUAUAGCAUGAAUUUUCAUCAUUGUGGAGCCGCAAAAACAUGGUAUGGUGUUCCUGGUCACGCUGUUCUGGAUUUCGAGAAGGUUGUUCGACAAAACGUGUAUACUAAUGACAUUUUAUCAACUGAUGGCGAAGAUGGUGCUUUUGAUGUUCUUUUGGGAAAGACAACCAUAUUUCCUCCGAAUAUUCUAUUACAACACGGUGUUCCGGUUUAUAAAGCUGUUCAAAAGCCCGGGGAAUUCGUAGUGACAUUUCCGCGAGCAUAUCAUGCAGGAUUUAGUCAUGGUUUCAAUUGCAGCGAGGCUGUAAAUUUUGCAAUUGGUGAUUGGUUCUUAUUAGGAUCAAUAGCUAGUCAUCGUUAUGCGCUUCUAAACCGGACACCUCUUCUUCCUCAUGAGGAACUUUUAUGUAAAGAAUCCAUGAUUCUUCGUUCAAAUAUGGAGUAUGAGGAUCAAUCUUGUGAAGAUAUGGUAUCUCAUAGAAACAUUAAAGUAGCAUUUGUGAACCUAAUCCGUUUCCAACAUCGGAUUCGCUGGUGUCUAAUGAAAUCAAGAGAAUACAUGGGUGCUUCCACACAUUGUCAUGGAACCAUUCUUUGCAGUGUUUGCAAACGCGACUGUUAUGUAGCGUAUAUUAACUGCAACUGUUAUCUACAUCCUGUGUGCCUUCGCCAUGAGUUUAAGCUACUUAACCUACCUUGUGGAGACAAAUUUACAAUCUCUGUAAGGGAUAAUAUCUUAGACAUGGAGGCUGUAGCCAGGACGUUUGAGCACGAAAAAGAUAUCAUAAACGAGGUUCAACAGCAAUCUGGAAUUUCUUCCGACAUGAUUCUACUAUCUAAACUGUAUCCACUAACUGAACACGAAGCAUAUGAUCCAUAUUGCAAAAUUGAGUUUGGACCUGAUUUGAAUACUUCUACCGUCUGUACGUCAUCAGAUAGUUUAUCUUUACUCAACCAUCAGGCAAAAGGUGAUAGUGAUUUCCCUGUCGAUGUUAAAGUUACAUAUCAAGAAAGUGAUGAUUCUGACUCGGAAACAUUUAGGGUCAAACGUCGUUCAUCUUUAAAGUCAGAGCACAGAAAUACACAUGAUUCUGUUCCUCCAGGUUUUGAAAAUCAGGGGCUAAAACGAUUGAAGAGAUUACAGCUAGAAGCUGGCUCUCGGCAUGAUUCAGCAUCCGAGUGUUCCAUUCACUCUAAAGAAGCCAAAGAAAGCGUAUCAAACAAAGGAAGCAUCACUCACAUCUCAAUAAAGUACAAGAAAACGGGAAACGAAGAAGUUGUGAGCAAACACAGAGACUAUGAUUUGAACCACGAACCACUGCCUCUAGAAAAUGGUCCAAAACGACUUAAAGUUAAAGGCCCAUCGGUUAUAGGGUUGGACAAUGCUACGUCGUUUUGAAUACUGAUUUCUUAGAGCUUGAGUGCUUGACCUUUUUUUAACUUGGAUCCAAACAGGGUUUCUAAAUUCUAACAACACAUGGAAGCAGCAGCAAAUUGACACAUUUUUAGAUGAAAGAAAAGUAUACUUUUUGUGCAGGCCUCGUAUUGGGGCGUGAUUGGCACGUUGGCGGAUUCUAAUGGUUCUUGGGCUGGGCUUUUUUUAAGGGCUUCGGCUGGAGAUCCUUUCUUUCUCUCAUUUUCAGCAAAAAUUUUAGGUAAGCAGUCAUCAUUUUAGCGGUUUAUUUUGAUGUACAUCUUGUUGUUAACUGUUGAUUAGUUUGGUGAGAUGAAAACAUCACAUAGUUCUUUCAUUCUUUGGUAGCAAAAUAAAAUCCAUAUUUUUUUACCACUUUGUUCAUUUUUUUAAAAAAGGUUAUCUUGUUACUUUCCAAA